AUGAAGGCAUACACAAAUGGGAUUGCUUCUUGGUGGGGAUUAUGUGGGUGGGAGAGUAUUUUGUCGUUUGACAUGAGCAGUGAGGCAUUUCUAGCAACACCGCUGCCAAAUGAAAGAAUCAUAGGGCGAAAGAGUGAAAAUUGGAGAGAGUUUUUUGUGAUGAAUGAAAAGGUUGUACUGGCUGUUGGUGUGUUGAAUGAAGAUCAGCUGGAGCUUGGGUUUGAUGUGUGGUUGUUGAAUGAAUAUGGUGUGAAGGAGUCUUGGGCUAAGCUCUUCACUCUUGGACCUUUUACAGGAAUCAGAAAACCAUUGGGAUUUUGGAAGAAUGAGAUUGCAUUGUUCUUGGAAAGUAGUGGUGGACGGCUGGUCGUGUAUGAUUCCUCUACCAAAGAAAUGGUUGAUCUUCAAAUUGAUGGAGAGCCAUUGUCGUUGCAGGUGAUUACUUAUAUGGAGACCCUGGUCUCUGUAAGGGAGGAAAUCAGGAAGUGGGAUUUGAAAGCAGGACACACUUACAUGGAUGCCCUAGUUUAG